AUGGGGCAUGCCUUUGCAAAGACCAAGGAGAGAAUGGACAAGGCAAGAGAGGCAGACGUACAAAAGUCAAGCUGCGAGGCCUGCUCGUGUGAAACCGACACUGGAUGGUCUGGAAGCGGGGACGGAUGGGGAUUUUCAGUCGGUUUGGAUGGCGCCUGCGCCUUCGCAUACGUUGCAUUUGUUUACGCCUUGCUUGCAUUUGGAGCAACCUUUGCCGUUGCAGUAGUCGCAUUUGACGGUGCCAUUGCCUCUGCAGGUGGGACAGUCCUUCAUGAUGAGCGGAGGUGGCUGGCUUUGGUUCAGAAUCGUGCUUGUUUGCGCGUGAUGAUGGGCAACGUCGUGGGCGCGGCGCAAGAGCCUGUGGUCGUGGUUGUGGUGGUGGAAGUGAAGCAAAGCAAUGAAGUCUGCUUCGAAACAAACUUGACGAGUCGGAGAGUCUCCAGGGUCUUUAUAGAAUUUACUCAAUUCGGCCUUUCCGCGUCAACCCGUGCCCUGGUCUGGCUGCUGUCGAAUCCCUCAGCGCACCGCAGACGGUACUGUUACCUUGUCCACAAUACAAUCUUGUGUGCGGCCGCGCAUGGUGAGGCGCGCACAGCCACGCCAGGCACACACAGCGUCGCCGGCUCAGGCAUGUCGUGCGCAAAUGACUGUCUUGCUCUCCCAGGAUCUGCGCGCCAGGGCCGACUACCCAAACACGAGGGAUCGCUGAGUUGGCCGAGCGAAGCUUUGGAAACUUGCGCAGAAGCCGAUUCACUACCGGUGCAGCGGGACCACGGCUCAGGUCGUCUCUUGGUGCCAAAAACUACGACUCUUACUACAAGUACCGGUAGGGCAUGCCGCCACAGCCGGGGCACAAACUCCGCUGAGACAUGCGGACCUCUGAAUGGAGCCGCGACCGAGCAGCGUCGAGGCCGAGCAGAGGAGACAAGGCGAUGUGAUUGGAGAGGCGUUGUGGAAAAGGACGUCAGACGUGCAUGGCCACAUCCUGGAAGCAAUCACACAAACGGCCAAUCUGCCAACAUGCUCUCCGACCAUGCUUCGUUUCAGAAGACGGCCGCUCACUUGCGCAUCGUCAUUCUACGCCCAACCCUUUUUUUGGACUGUUGGAUGACCAAUGUAGAGACGGCGCGCUAG